CUUCGAGCAGCUUUUACCUUUUCUAAGACAGUUGACGUCAAACUUGUAUAUUCACCGACCUUUACAGCUGAGAAGAUGGCAUCUUUAGACAUGCAGGACUAUGUUGUGAGCCAGAGGAGAAGGAACAGUGCUCGCCUUGCUGCUGGAAUGUAUUCACAGCCAACCAAUGGAGUACAGACGGUGGUAACAACGGACGACGUACCGGAGGCGACGAGCGGCGGCCGCUCUUACGCCUUCUGGCUGCUGGUGGCUGUCGUGCUGCUGGUGGCCAUCUUUAACCUGCUCAUCACGCUGACGCUCAUCAGCGUGCUGCGCAUCUCCGUCGGCAUGGAGAGCGUUCAGGUUGUGAAAGGAGGAAUGGUACUGCCUGGAACGGUGGAUAUGGACCGCCUCUACAAGCCAGAUGGCUCCUUCCUGGGAUUUGCCGACGAUCCGAUGUCCAUCAACGGAGUCGGUGGGACGGUUGACCUCGUGGUGUCGGCCGGUGGCCGGGACGAUGCGGACGGCCCGCGACUCUCCCUGGCCGGCGCCGGCGUGCUGGUGCAGGGCGUGGCGCGCGCCGGCGUCUCCCAGGCCGGUGCCGUGCCCUUCUUUAACACCGCCUACCCCAACUUCGGCCUGCCGGCCGGCGUGCGCAGUCUGCGGGUGCAGGACGCGCGCACGCGCCGCGUCGUCAGCCCUGUCGACCGCUCGCUCAAGCUGCUCUCGUCGAAGCAGGCGCACCUCAAGGGCAGCGAGGGCACGCACGUCGACGGCAAGGAGAUCGUCUUUUCGGCCGACCAGGAGCUGCAUCUGAAGAGCGUCAACGGCAGCGUGGUGCUGAUGGGCGCCGACGGCGUGCGGCUGGACGUGCGCGGCAUCCCGUGGGCGCAGGGACGCAGCGUCAGCGACGGCACGCGCGCCGCCUACCGGCUGUGCACCUGCAUGCCGCGCGUCACCUGCGCCAACGCCGCGCUGCACGGCGACAACAACCCGUGUGCCUGA